AAAAAACAUGGGAAGGUUAUAAUUUAAGUAAUAAUGUUACCUGUCAAUUUAAAAAUUUUAUAAAUUUUUACCUUAUAAAUAUGUAUUUUCCGGUUGGUUGGCCAAAAGUUUUAAAUAUUAGUAAUACCUUAAAUUGCUCAAUUCGUCAAUUAGUGUGUAAUAGGGAUAAAAUUUUAUUUGCGGUUCUAACGGAUGACAGUUUACUGGUUUAUUAUUGUAAGCCAUGUUUACUCUUAGUAUUACAUCGAAGAAAGCAGCAGCUUUUAGACGAACAAGGAAUGAACGAGCUGGUCGAAUGGAAACCAGAUUCCAGUGCUCUGAUAGUAAUUACUUCUGGAGGUGUUAUAUUAUUGUACAAAGUAGUAUGUGACCCUAACAAUAGAGGCGCAUAUGAACAAAUAGACCCACCCCAACCUAACCUUCGCAGAGAUAGUGCUGAAUUAUUUAUAAAACAAGUUAUUCCUAAUAUCAACAUUAAUUUGGUGAAAGAGGUUUCUGUUGGCUGUGGAAUUACUAGUAUAAGUUGUAUCAGAGAUGAACUAAUGGUAGCCACUACGCAAUGUCAAAUACUUAGAUAUAAGUGGGAUUUGACAUUGAACCGUGACUAUUGUGUGGAGUUAAACCGUGUUCCAUUUUGUUUGGAUCAGCAAGCAUCUAAAGCUAUUCCGAUCGUUGAACGAAAUACUUAUGUAAUUGAUAUGGAUUAUUCCCCUCUUAUUGGUGGAUUUUCUAUAGUGUUGAAUGAUGGACGUUCAGCAUUUCUUACCGCAUAUUCUUUGAAGUUUGAUCCUAAUCAAAUGCAAGGAAUUUGGGCUCCAAAUAUUGAUGAUGGAACGUGCUCAUCAGUCAACCAUAAAUUUAGACUUAUCACUUUUGGAAGAAGAAACUCUCAGUGUGUAGUUUAUAGUGUCGAUGAAACAACAGGAGCACUUAUUGUUUCCCAUAAGCUUGUCAUACCUGGGCAGGUUUAUCCUGGGCCAAUAGGAGCUGUAAGUUGUAUGCGGUGGAGUCCUGACGCAUGUGCCUUAGCAGUAGCCUGGUCUACCGGUGGUUUAUCAUUAUGGAGUACAUUUGGAGCACUUCUUAUGUGCUCAUUAUCUUGGGAUUAUGGCCUCAAUGCAGAUUUAGCUCUCAGUAAUCCACUAAUUAUAUACGGAAUGGAAUGGUCUGCUGAAGGUUAUCAAUUGUGGAUGAUCAAAAGGUCAAGAAAUUGCAAAUUUAUAGAACAUUCUCCAGAUUCUGUUAUUCAAUUAAGUUUUGUUAAAAGUGCCUUAACUGUAAAUCCAUGCAUGAGUCAUCAGAAUCAUCUCUACCUCCAAGGGGAAGAUAAAUUGUAUAUAAACCUUGGUGUUGGAUUAUCUCAGGUUUUUAAUUCUUUGGGAAAGUCAAAUUGUGGUAGGGAUUCUCCUCUCACCUGUACCUCUGCUCUAGUUGAUUCAAAACAAUGGAUUGUGGUUCAAAUUCCGUCGGCAUAUUCAGCAACUAAUUGGCCUAUACGGUACACUGCUAUUAAUCACAAUGGUGAUAAAUUGGCUGUGGCUGCCCAUGCUGGAUUGGCUCAUUAUUCUUUACUAACUCAUAAGUGGAAGCUUUUUGGAAAUGAAACUCAGGAGAAAGAUAUGCUUGUUACGGGUGGACUUCUUUGGUGGAAUGAUUAUAUUGUUGCAGGAUGCUACAAUAUUCCAAAUCAGCAAGAUGAAUUAAGACUGUAUCCAGAUAAUUUUAGACUUUGCAAUUCACACAUGACCUCAUUGAAACUUAGUUCUCAGGUCUUGCUGCUUGACUGUUUACAAGAUAAUAUUUUAAUUUUUUGUGCUGAUGGCCAUAUCACAAUUUACAAUAUGAUGGAGAAACAUAAAAAAGACUCAGGAGAAAAUGUUGAACUGACUUGUAUUCAAGCUAUUGAUAUGUCAGCUUUAUGUGUCCAUCCAGCUUGCUUUGUUGCUCUUACUUUAACAUCACUAAGAAUUGAGCCAUCACGGAUGAACCAUUCCCAAAGAAAUAAUUUUGUUAUAAAUGUUUCUGGACGUCUACUAAUGGUUAACCAGCAGGAUGAUCAUGUUCAAUCACAGAUAUUACAAGCUCCUACUGUUUUGGCAUCAUGUGUUGAAAAUGUCUGGUCUCCUAUGAACUUUUGUAAGAAUAAACCACACCUGACUGAAGCAUUAUGGUUGUAUUGUGGAGCUCAUGGAAUGAGAGUUUGGUUACCAUUAUUUCCUAGACAUGGGGAUAAUGCUCAUACAUUUAUGUCAAAAAGAAUUAUGCUUCCAUUUCAGUUGAAAAUAUAUCCAUUAGCCAUUUUAUUUGAAGAUGCAAUCCUACUGGGAGCUGAAAAUGAUACACUUUUGUAUACUUCUGAUGCAAAUUCCCCAUUUUCUCUUCCAUUUUGUGUUCUUGAAAGAACGAGUCAAGUUUAUUUACAUCAUAUUUUACGUCAGUUGAUAAGACGUAAUUUGGGUUUUCAUGCUUGGGAAAUAGCUCGAUGUUGUACCUCACUUCCAUAUUUUCCUCAUUCUUUGGAAUUAUUACUGCAUGAGGUUUUAGAGGAAGAAGCCACCAGCAAAGAUCCCAUUCCAGAUGCUCAGCUUCCAAGUGUCAUAGAAUUUAUUCAAGAAUUUCCUGUAUAUCUGGAUACUGUUGUGCAAUGUGCUCGUAAAACAGAAAUAGCCCUGUGGCCAUAUCUUUUUUCAGUUGCAGGAAAACCAACUCAAUUAUUCCAGAAAUGUUUAGUUGCCAACCAGCUUGAAACUGCAGCAUCAUAUUUAAUUAUAUUACAGAAUUUAGAGUCAUCGUCUGUUAGUCGUCAGUAUGCUACUAUGCUUCUUGAUUCAACAUUAAACAGUUCUAAAUGGGAACUUUCAAAGGAUCUAGUUAGAUUUCUUAAAGCAAUCGAUCCCAAUGAUGUCGAAUGUUCUCGUGUUCCAAUAGUUGUACCAUCAAAAAUUCCUCAUACACCUCCUGUUAAUGGCAAUGAAGAAGAUCUAUCUUUGGUUCUUGGCACAAUGCAUGUUGCUCGAGGACGCAGUUUUAGUACCACAACAACACCUAAAAUACAGAAUGUUGAGAAAACUUCCAGAACAUCUGUUGCUGAUUUAAAUAUCCUCAAAAGAAAGAAAUCUGUACCUGCUGUGAAAUCUGACAGUGUGGAUAGUACUAAGUCGGCUGAAGAAUUUUUCAUGGAUGUUAUGAUAGAAAGACAUGCCCGUCGAUUGCUUAGUCAACAUAGAUUACAUGAUUUAGGGUGUAUGGCUGCUAAUUUAGACUUCCCACUAGUCAGAUGGCUGGCCAGAGAACGUAGUAGAGCUGCAAUAAUUGAUCACUGUGUGUCAGCCCUUAAAAACUUACACGCUGAUUUUGCUUGGCCUUUUCCAUCAUUUAACAGUGGUAAUCCUUCCGACACAGGUCCUGAAACAGAUAGAAGAAGUAGUGCUGAAACUAUAGAGCCUGUUAGUAAUGUUGGUGAUAGUGGUUACAUGAGUUAUCAAGGUCAUAUGCUAGGACCAUCUAUAUCAGAUCAAAUGUUGUCAAUGCCACAAACAGACAAUAUAAGUAUGGUCAGUGAAACAGAUAGUUGGUGUUACAAUGAAGACCUUGAAAGUGUCAGUUCUCAUCAGAUGAAUUCGCCUUGGGGUGAAAUCCCAUCUCCUCAAAUCCUUGACUAUCUUUCAAAGCAGAUUACAACAAAAGGUUCGCCCAAAGCUGAUAUACAGCUUAGAUACCUACUGCAACUCCUCAUGGAUGCAGGAUGCUUACAGUGGGCUCUUCUUAUAUCUGUCUUAUUGCGGGAUGCUAUGGCUGUGUAUAGAAUAAUUAAUGCUGCGAGGUCCCAAGAUCAAUCAUAUGAAGCAGUUGUAAGAUUGAAGCAAAACAUUAUCUCAUUGUGUCAAUGGAGUGAUUCAGAUUGCAUUGGUUAUAAGCCUUUCAUGGUUGUCAUUCAAGGACAAGUUACUACUUUGAAUGACAUCUUAGAAGUAAAACAAAAGGCUAGAUGUUCUACACCUGAUUUCAGAGCUUGUCGCUCAUCUAGUAUAUCUUGUUCUUUGGAAAAAAUCAGCAUGAAUUCUGAACAUCAGCCAAUCAAUGAAGAAAUAUAUGUACAAAAAAAACAUUCUAAUUCUCCUACACCGUCCAUUACUGUUCACUUGAAAGAACGUACUUCAUGUUCGAUCAUGUGAAAAUUAAUAUUUCUUGACUGUUAUUAAUUAUGAAGUAAUAAAUUUGUGAAUAUAUAUUUUAUUCGACAAUUUUAUUUUAGUUUCUAUAAUAGUGUUAUACAACACCUUGUGUUCAAGUUUUUUGAAAAAAAAAAAUUACAAUCAAAUCCAUUGAAAAUCACUCAUGACCAUGAGAUUCCACUCUCAGUUCAGUUUCUUUAAUCUCUAAAUUUAUUGGCUAUUUCAUAUGAAUUUGGGAAAGCUAGACUAUAGAUAAUUUUAGUACAAAACUUGCAUCUCUCUCAAACCCACCUUGUUUGUAUGAAUAUGACUUGAAUGACAUAACCACCUUGUAUAAAUAACUAACUUACUGAUGUGUCACACACCUUGGCUAACAUGAUAGACUUUAUGAGCUUCUCUUAAAUACUUAGCAUUAAAUAUUUCUUUAUCUUUUUGUAUCCUCAUUUCAAAUAUCUUUUUUAAAAUGAAUAUCUAUAUAUCCCUAGAAAGUCACUUAUUUUUUUUCAGUUAAGUUAAUAAGGAAGAUAUACAUUCUUCAAUAAAUAUGAUAAACACAUAUAUACAUUUUCAGAAUUUUAAUUAAGUGAAAAUUAUAUAUAUAUAUAUAUAUAUAUAUAUAUAUAUAUUCUUUAUAUUCUUCCCAAGCCUUAAGGGCCCAUGGUAGCCAUGACCAGUAAUACAAAUCCUUUGCCUUACACUUAAUAUUAAUAUGAUUAGGAUACCGCUAACAACAUAAACUAAAAUAAAUCUUAACUGGAUUAAACCACGUUUUUGCCACCACAGUAAGUAAUCAUAGAAAUACCAUGAUAGCCAAGGUGUUAUAGCUAUUUUGACUCUUGACAAGAUUUUUUCCAUACUUUCAGUAGAAAAUCUAUAAAUUUUUACUAAUAAUAAAAGUUUUUUUUUAUUUUUGUAAAUUAAUCUAAUAGUUAAAAUGAUCAUGUAUGAGAUGUAUAAUAAUUUCACUUGACCAAGUUUACCAGCUAUGUAGAUUAUGUGUCAAAUAAUUCAAUAGUCAUGGACAUUAUAAUAUUUCUUCAUAUUUCAUUUAAAUUAAAAAAAUAUGCAAUAAUUAAAUUUCUUGAAAAUUAUAAAUUAAUAAUAUUUAUGGAACUAAGUAUUUACUAUGGUUUAGAAAAUACAUUAUGGGAACACUUAAAUCAAUUUCAGGAAACUCAUGGUCUUUUCUUAUUAUUCAAUCAUGUCUUGUAUAUAAACAUGUAAAUAAUUUAUCUAUUUUUAGACUUAAUAAGUAAUUAGUUAUUGUUAAUUACUGUAAAAAGGUUACUCUAUGUAAUGUAUGCAGUUUUACAUCAAUAUAUCAAAUUUUUUUAGAAACGUUUAUUAUACUUUACAGUCUCUACAAUAAAGUAGUGUUUUAGUUUCCUCGCUCUUUGUAAUUUCUAAGCAUAUAUUAUACAUAUAUCUUGUUUUACGUAGGUGGUCCCUGAAUAUAAGUUAGUCUAUAUUAAUCAGAUUUAAUGUAAUGGUUGCUCAGUCAUGGUUUUGGAUUAUCUCUCAUUAUCCACCUUUUUUUAAUUGAUCAUUAUUUCUUUUUUCUUCUUAUACUUUAACUCUCCAAAGCCGGUAAUUAUUUUUUCGAAAAUUGUUUAUUUUCUAUUAUAUUUUCCUAUUAUUAUUACAUUUCCUGUGCAUUAAAACAUGCGAAAAUCAAUUUUAAAAAAUGAACGAUCUUAACAACUUCACAGGGAGGGAUGACAUAAAUGUCACACUCUGCUCUUGGGCUAUUUUUUUUUUUUUAUAUAUUACAGAAUUAUAUAUAUUUUCAUUAAGAUAGUUAUAAUAAAACAAUAUGUUUUAUUAAUAAUUUUAUUGAUCUAAGACAUAUAUACAUUUUUGUUUUUAGAAUGUAUUUUAUUUACUUUUUAUGAUGUGAGCAAAACCAUUUCAAGCACAAUCCGUGCACAAUUUGUACACGUUUCACCUGUGCAACACUUGCGCUUAGAAAUUUGUUCAACAAAGUGAUCCAUUCAAUCAUAGUGAAUAUUUAUUGGAACAUGUGAAAAUCUGGGACCAGAAGAUGUAGAAGGUCAUGGUGACUUAUCAGUUGUGUUAUACCUCUCUAAGUAGCAUUGAACAACUGCUCGUCUGAAAUGUAGUUUUUUACCACUUGUAGGUUCAGCUUGUUUGUAUGUAAGCCAUGCAUUGUUCAUGGUAACAUUAAAUAGCCAAGUAAAUAAUGGCCCUCUACCAUUCUUUCCAUGAAUUCAAUCCAUCUGAUCAGUUUCAUCCAAGUAUUGAUUGUAUUGAUUUAUCAAUAUCAACUACGAUAUUGUUAUAUAUUUUUUUAUUUUGGGGCUGAAUUGUUUUCUCAAUCCACAGGUAGCAAACCAUGGACUGUAGAAACAACAGAUACAUUAAUGCCUACCCACUUGCAAAUAAUAAUGCUGUCUUCUUUUUCAAGAGCACCUAUUGCUGUUCCUCUUUCCAUUUUCUUCAAUGUAGCUUUAUUUGGGAGUGUACCACAUUUUUUUCCUAAAACAUAAAGUCAAAUAUUUUGGCAAAACUAAAUUAUUUAAUAAAAUUUUAUUUUAAAAUAUAUUUCUUUGUAAAAAUCAAACUAUAAAAUUACACUACAACAAUGAUUCCAAUAAAAUUCAAAUUUUAAAUUUAAUUCACGUGAUUAUUUAUAUAUACAUCCAUUUGUAAUGAUUUAUUUAUUUUAUAUGUGUAGUAUGUUUCAUAAAAUGAGUCUCUAAAUAGUUUAUAAGUAUAAACAGGCAAUUAUCUAUUGUUUUACCUGUGAUUGGGAAAAGAUUCCUUUAUAUAGUAAAAAAGCAAAGAAUUUCCUAAGAAUCUUGAACAUAAUUUCAGAAUAUUACAAAUAAAUUAAACUGUUGUUUUACCAGCGUAGAGCAUAAUUUUCCUAUUUUGGAAAAAAAAAAGUAGAAGAUAUUGUAGUUUAUAUGAAUUCGAAUUAGCGAAAUUUAAAAAUAUAGCCUCAAGUCUGACUGUGACAUAUCAAAAGGAGUUUAGACCUAAAUUAUGCAGCUGUAAAUUUUUAUAAAAACCUAAGAUUUUGUAUGCUUUAACUAUAGGAGUAAAUGCAACUAAAACACAAAUAAUUAAAAAUUUAAAAAAUAAUGUAAACUUAUGAAAAGAAUUAUCAUUCAUUGAGAUCAAUGUUCAUUGUAGUAAGAUUUUAUAACUUCAAAAUAAACUCAAAUAAGAAGUGUUUAAACCCAUUGUUGAUGCAUAACUGACUCUCAGAGCCUUCUGUAGUAUAGUUAAUGACAUUCCACUCUCAACCAUAGCUAAAAAGAAGGAAAGAUGGAAAGAAAGGUUACGUUUUACUUUGACUCUAAUGCCACAUUAGGCUAGGCUUUGGAGGGGUAAUCCACAUUAAGAUUGAUGCUCUACUUUUAGUUUUUUACUGAAGAUUUAUUUAAUUUAAUAUAAUACAGUAUUCAUUUUUUCUCAUAUUAUUCUUUUAUUGAUUUUCUCUAUCUAAUCUAUAUCUAUUUCCCGAUUACUGGGAUAACUCAUUACACCAUGUCUUUAUUAAUAUAGUUACAUUUUAUCGAACUAUAUAUAAAAAAUUACCAAUUAUCCAAGCAUAUUUGGACAAUCUUAUUGAAUAGAACUAGGUUACUAACAAUUAACCUCUUUGAACAAAUGUUUUCUCAACUCUAUCUUAAGUGUUUUGAAGAUUUGUUGCUUGAAAUUUUAUUGCUUUCAUUGUGUUGGCUCAUUUUAUAUUCUUUUAAAGUUUUGAAUAAUGCUUAGGAUAAAACGUGAAUAUUACCCCAAAAAUCAAUAAUGAUUUAUUUAUAAGUUUGUGAAAUUAUUAUAAAAUGAAAGUUUUUUUUUAUAUAGUGGCCACCUAUGUAGUUUUGGGUAUGAUUGAUUGUUUUGAAUGUGACAUACUUAAUCAUACUUUUUGUUCUGCAAAUGAAACUGCAUAUCUAUCAUUCUAAAUUAAAAAUCAAAUCAAACUAAAACAUUAACUUUUUUAUAAAGUUUGAAAAGUUGCAACUUUAAGUGAAUAUCUAUAUUUUGAAAACAGUUUAUGUACUUCAGUGACCCAACUUUUUUUUUUUAUAGUUAACCCUGCUUGGUGCUAUCAUAUUACUUUCUUUGCUAAAUAAUAUGUUGUUCAUUUUCUGGCUUUUGGACAAUAUUUUCAUAAUCAAUUGUUCUUUUAAAAUAUGUAGUAUCUUUUCAAGUUUUAAAAAUUAUAAUGAUAUACUCUUCCUUUUAUAUAAUGAACUUUAAAACUGUAAAACAAUUUUUCAAAUCUAUUGUUAAAUGACCUUGGUGUAUGUGUUUGUAAUUAUGUUCUGGUAACAUCAGAAAAAAAAAUUCAAAAUUUAUAAUUAGUAAAUAAUUAUAUAUUUUAACCAAUAAUAAACAUAGAUUUUGAUAUUAAACAAAAAUAUGAUCUAGUUAAUUGAUAAAAUAUGAAAUUGUCUAUUAAAUCAUUUAUUUAUUUUUGUUAAAAGUAAAAUUAGUAUUAAAGAAGAUUAUUAGAACAUUUAACAUUUACUAAAGAUUUAUUUAUUUAGUUAUUUAGUAGACAUGGAUUUUUGUGACUGCAGUGGAGUCCUGAUUACCUAAUAGCUUAGUAUAAUAUUUAAAGUUAAUACUGUCAUGUGCAAUAUAUUAUUUAUUAACUAAUUGUUAAGAUUUUUUAAAUAAUUAAAAUACUGAUGUAUAAAUACAAUUUGUAUUAAACGUUCUCUUUUUUUUUAAUCUAUAAAAGCUCGUGUAUGUGGGGUGCUUGUUUAAUGUAUAUGCAAUUUAUUUAAAUAAAACCGUAUUUUAAUAUUCGUAUUUAUUAAUGUAUUUCAUAGCUUCAACUAUUUUGAUGAUCAGCUUAAAUAUUUUCAGUUCAUAGGCUUUCUUUUGGAAGAUUUUGCAAUAUUUUCACAAUUUGAACACACAUUCUAUUAUUUUAUAUGUAUUUUACAAUAGUUUCUCCAAUCCCAUGUUUCUUUGCUACCUAAGUCUUAUGUUCUUUUCUCUGAUCAAGAAUUUUGUAUUUAUCUUCAAUCGAUAUAAUGAUCUUUUAGUUUUUCAUUAUAAUUUUAAAGAAGAUACCCAGAGAAAUAUAAAAUUAAUUAAUUGAUACAAAUCAAAUUAGAAAUUAAGUUAAUAAAUUUUCUCUUAUUUAUUUUAAGAAAUGUGUAAUAAAUAAAAAGAAGUUAGUUUAACAAAAAUUGAAUUUCUCAUAUUAAAAUAUUCUUUAGGAUUCCCUGUGAAAUAAGAUUCAAUGAAUUCUUUAAUAGUGGCCAUGGAAACUAUAAUGACUUUCACAACUGCUGUUUUCUAUUUAAUACUAAUAUAUUUGCAUAAUUUUAUUUGCCUAUUUCAUGCUGAAUAAUUUAGUAAAAUAAAUUAGAUUUAUUUAUUUUUGUUUUAACAUAUAUUAAGAAGACAAUCAGGAUUCCAC